AUGAACAUUGCGCUGGCUUACAGGGCGGAAAAGUGAUUACACAUUUUCUUAUGAGCCUGGCCGCUCUCAGGCUUCUCUCUGCUGCAACUGAAUCAAAGAAUAAACUAUAGACGAUAAUCACAGUCAAAUAACCCAAAUGCAGUCGAAUCAUGGCGUAUGUUAAUGUAGCGGAAUGGAAAACGGAUCAGGUGUGCGAAUGGUUAAAAGGUUUAGAUAAUUCUAUUCAUCCUUAUGUCCAUAGUUUUAUGAAUCACAAUGUUAAUGGACAACGAUUAUUGAAUUUACAACCAGAAGAUUUAGAUCGUUUGGGUAUAUUAAAAAUUGGACAUCAAGAAAUUAUUUUUGAGGCUGUAGAAUAUCUAAGAAAUCUUCAUUAUGAGCUGGACAGAGAAAAUCUUCAGCUAUUAGCAUUGCGACUUUCAUGCCAAGCACACAGUUUGUAUAAUGAGUUAUCUCACCAAACUGAUUCAAACUCUGUUACUACUCAAUCAUUAUCAAAUGUGGCAUCAGUUAUGAUGACAGUAAAACCUCUAGUAAGAUGGUUAGAUCGCCCUCCCUUCACUGGGAAAUUGUUAUAUAAUGACAAAAAAGCUGAAUUAAUGAAACUAUCUUUAGAAAUGGCCACGUGUGCACAAAGAGAUAGAUUUGCUGAAAAGCCAAUUGAAGAAAUCAGAGCAAUAUGCAGUCAACUAGCAAUAUUAGCAGAUUAUAUUAUUCGAGAUAUUGUUGAUUCAAUGAUUUUACAACCUUCCAGUUUGGAUCUAGCAACAUUAAAAAAAAAAUCUGAUGAUUUGGGAUUUUAUAUUUUACCAUCUUUUCAUGGGACACAUCAAAUAGCAGAAAUUAAGUUUGGGUCUGUUGCACAUCAAUGUGGUAAAAUGGAAGAAGGAGAUGAAAUAGUUCAGGUAAAUUAUCAAACAGUAGUUGGUUGGGAGAGAAAAAAUGUGCUUGAAUUAUUUCAUGAAAGCCCAGCAGAAAUUCUUUUGACUUUGAAACGUAGACCAAGACAUACUAAAGUUUAUGGUCAAAUUUAUAUAAAACCAUAUAGACUUCCAAGUAACAAGAUGUUUUAUACAACACGAUGGCAACAUAAUCUCCCAUCUCCUAGACCAGAGUUAUUAACAAUACCUGACUUUACAAUGCCAUUACCUAGACAUAUACCAAAGAAUCCCUGUCCAGAACCAACAAUAUUAGAUACAGAAAACAUAACUACUGAUAGUAGCGGUUCAGACAGUGAAGCGGAACAGCCUUUUCCUAUUUGUUUGUAUUCUACAAAACCAAGAAACUUAAUCCAAAGGCGAGCGACAAUAACAGGUGCCAGUCCCACAACCAAACAUGGUAUCAAUAUAGAACAAUUUUGGAAAGAAUUGAAGCAAGAGCAUAUAACGACUUUUCAAUUACGUGAGAAAGCAGCGUCUUGUGCUCAUGGUUUGGAUAAUGUAAAUAUAAGACCUCAAACAUGUUUAGGAAUAGAAUCGACAAAACGAAAGAAAAAGACUGAUGAACACAUGAAUGAAAAAAAGAUGCAGUUCGAAGAAAAACUGUCUGAUAGUGAAAUAAUUUAUUCGAAUAGUACGAGAAAAACAGUUUCCAAUACAAAAGAAAACAUUUCUUUUAUACAAAACUGUGCCGAUAUUGCAAAUAAAGAUGACAAUAAAGAAAACUUACAAGCACUUACAGAUAAUAUCAAUGAUAGUAAUAAUUCAAGUGAUAUAAUAGUGCCUUUGGAUGAAUGUAAUACUUUUAUUAGCGGUACACACAGUAUUAACACAAACAUAUCGGAAGACAAAAUAAAUGAGAUACUACAUGUUAAAGAAUCUAUUGAAUUAGACAAAAGAUAUAACACUUCUGUACGUGACUUGUUAAGUACCGAGGAUUUAGAAAAUGAGAAAUUAGCUCUUCUUAAAAACCCGUUUAACAACUUCGCCUCUAUUCAUAGUUUAAACAAUGUAUCAAGUUUGACAAAGAAUGCUUGUACAUCUACUGAAGAUGUUGAUUGUAGAAAGUUAGAAGAUAUAAACAAAGAACGUAAAAAAGUUUUUUUUAAAAGAUGUAACGGUAAUGUCGCACAAAAAAUCGAUAACAUCGAAAAACAGAUUGUACAUAAGAAUAUGGAGGAAACAUGUGUCUCUAAGGUACUUAAGAAAAUAGAUUCUCGUAAGAAUAUCGUACACACGAUGAUGACUGAUGUAAAUCUUAAGAAUAGUAUAAAAAACAAAAACCAAAGUGAUGUUGAAUCUAGUAUAUUGGCUGUUAAUGAAGAGAGAUACAUUGUCAAAAAGUUACACACGAGAUGCGAAAAUGUCCUAAACAAAGAUUCCCAAACUGUUUGUUCGACACAGUUAGCAUGUGAAUGUCAACACGAAAAUGUUGAUUUCAGUAAUUCUGAAAUAUCAAACACUGAAGCAUGUAACACUAGUAGUAGUGGUGGUUAUAGUAAUGAUAAUAAUAGUAAUAACAAUAGUAACAAUAGCAGUAGAUGCAGCAGUAUCGAAAAAGACAAAACAUUACAAAUAUUUGGCAAAAAAGUACAAAUUAUCGACUGUGGUUCUCGUGAUAUUAAUUUGGAAAAGAAAUCUUCCAUUGAAACAAAGAUUUUGUCAAGCAAUAUGGCUAACUUUAUUGAAGAUGAUCUUCCGUUAAACAUUGUUCAUAAUAUCUCAAAAAUACAUAUUAACUCAAAGUUGCAUACUGCAAAUGCAAAAUCUGCAGAUACAGGUACAUUACAGCAUGCUACUACAUCUUGCCGCUAUAGAGAAUUAUCAAAAAUCGAAUCUGUUAGAAAGCUUGACAAUAAUUCUUAUAUUACACCGCCAGAACCGCCACCUCGUAUAUAUAAUGCGAAACAAACAGUACUUGACUUAAACAACGCUUCAAAAAAUUCAGAAGAUUUAGAGAAACCUCAAGUUCCGGAAAGAACUAACUCAAGACAAGAGUGUAAGAAAGUAGAUUUAUUUGCAAAUCAUACUAGAAGUAAUUCAAAUUGUCAGGAUAAAAAAGAUUUUUCUGAAGCACGUAUGCUUAACUAUGUAGAAAACUCAAUAGGUCUUAUUAAUGAAUCACGAACUACAAGUUCACACAGUCAAAAGUUUAUGCAGUCUGAUGUUUCGUUGUAUACCGAAAAUAAACAAUCGAAAGAAGAAAAAUAUUCUUUCGAGCCGUUUGCUGAAAAGUUUGUUUAUUCAAGUCAAACAGAUUGCUCUAAAUCUGAUUAUUUUUCCCGUAAUGGCGAAUGUCUUGACAGUAUAAUAUAUUCAAAACAAACAACAUCUUUGGACAUAAAACCAAAAUUAUCAGAGAAAGAAAAAAGUUUUGAGAAAAGUGUCGUUAAUAGAGCUAUAAUGGUAGCUAGAAGUAUUGGUUUACAUGGUAGUUUGAGCAAAUCUAACAGCAGUCCAAGAAGCAAUAGAAAAAAGAAUAUUUUACUGGCAAAAAGAAGAAACGUAUCCGUAAAAGAAGUUGGUACUGGUGAUUUAGAUGGAUGGUUAAUAUAUCGUAGUAAAGGGGCGGGUGGUGCGUGGUUAAAAGCCUGGUUUGUAUUAAAGUGUUCAUCAUUAUACAGAUUUAAAACACAGGACAGCAUGAAAGCUGACUGUUUAAUUGUGUUAACGGGUUUUACUGUAUCACUUGCUGUCGAGGUAAAAUCGAGAAAGUAUGCCUUCAAAAUAUAUCAUACAGGGACAGUGUUUUAUUUUGCUGCUGAUACUGAAGAUUGUUUGACAGUAUGGCUGGAUGCGAUUAAUAAAGGCACUUUAGGCGCAGAUGUUCACAGUAUCGGUCUCUUUAGCGAAACUGAUGAAAGCGACAAUGAAAAUCAUAAGAAUAAGACAAAAUAUGUACCAGAAUCUAAACCAAAUCUAGAAAAAUCAUUUGGUUCAUUGAAAAAAACUGCAGGGAAGGAUAUUGGAACAUAUAAAGAACAUGAAAUUACUGGUGCAAGCUUAGAUCGAAAAUACUUGAAGUUUCUUAGUGCCAGGAAUCAAAAUAUUCCUGUUCCAACUGCACAGUUUAGAAGUUACAGAAAAGUACUUCCUACGUCAACACCAAACAAGAAAGAAGAUUUUAAUUCAAAUUCUCCUGAUUUACAAGUGACAAUUGCUGGUAGUACAUUUUAUGGAUUGAGUGUCUCUCAAAGUACUACAGACAUAUCGAGUUCAUCAAACAACCAAGAUAUAGAUGGAUAUUAUCGACGUACACUAGAUAGAUCUGUCGGUAAUUGUAAUAGAGGACCAGAGAAUUAUAUCACUAUAGAAGAAUUUAUACUGUCACAACAAGAUGAAAAUCAGCGACAAAGUACAAUAACCACGUCUACACCUUCAUCGCAUAUGUUAUUUACCGAUUUUAGCGAUCAUGCGCACGUACAACACAGAAAUCUAAAUGAUGAUACAAUGUAUAACGAGCAAAUAAAACAUUUACGCGAUACAUUUUCGAGAAGCGAUAUAUAUAAAAGUGAUGAACUAUUGUGCAAUAGCAUCUACUCGAGAGAUAUAAAUGCAUGCAUGCAUACUCAUCAAAUCAGUGAAUCAGAUAAUUUUGUUACUGUACCAUUUGAAAGCAAAGAGAAUAGUGUAAGUGAUAAAUUUUACAAAUGUAAAAUGAUCAAAAGACACUCGGAAGAUAAUAAGAAAAAAAUAUCGGAUUCCUCCAAUUGUCAGAUGAGAAAAGCACAGGAAUUUGCUAAUACUCAACACAAAAAGUAUGAUAAAUCGAUUUAUCCAAGAUAUGCAAUAAAUCAUAAUCAACAAGAUUCUCCAAGUCAUAAUAGCAACAUAUUAGAUUAUAAACACAAUAUGCAUAUAUCUCUCGAUCACGACAGCUGUCAGAUAUCUAAUUAUCGUCCAUCAAGAGAUUUCACUUUGGAGGAUUUCAAGCCAGUAGCAAAACAACUUACUGAACCUGAGGGCUAUUCUGGAUCUAGUAAUAAUUUUGUAAAUCAAGUAUUAUCAGAAACACAGCACACAAAGAAUAAUAAUAUAUCGAUUAAUCGAAAAGGAAGUUUUAAUUUCACGUAUCGUUAUGAUUUUAAUUCUUCUGAUAAACAUUCAGACAAGAAAAACUCAAAUUAUGAUGGUACGAAUCGCCUAAAAAAUGUCGCGCAGUAUCAACCACCACCUAUACCGACAUCACCUUUCGAACAAGAAGGAAUGAGAGCUGCGUUUGAAAUGCAUUUAGAUAGAGGCGAUCAAGUACAAAAAUCAAGUCGUCUGAAAAGUUCGUUUGGCACUAAACAAAAACCCACUAUUUUGAAUCUUUCCAAGAAUACUUCGAAAACUGUACUCGAAUCGCCAAACUUGCAUAGAGCGCAGUCUCGAGAUAAGACUUGCUUUAAUCAAUCGCAACAUCAAUUGUCUACACGUUCUGGCAGUCGAAGUUCUGGUGAAUCAGUCAGCGGAAUCAGUCAGUCUCGCAGUUUCACUCACAGUCAAUCUCUUAGUCAAAGUUUCAGUUCGGUCAGUUCAGUUAGUGAGUGGAAUUCGGACACGUCACCGCUUAACAUAUCAAAGUAUGGUAGUGGACACUUAUCCGAUCAUAAAAGUUCAUGGAAUUCAGGUAAGAACUCACUAGCACCUCCAACGUUACCAUACAUACCACCUCCGACGUCUCCUCCACCUGAUUUUCACGGUUUAGAAUACCCAUCAGUAUUCGAACCCGACCCUUAUCUUACAAAUGUAUCACUGUGGCGCAAUCAUAACAAAAAUAGUUAGAAUAAUAUCGCGCGAUACAUACCAACUCAAUUUAAAAGACCGAAUCAUUUGGUUAACAAUACAACCAAAGAAAAUUGUUUAAUUAACGGAUAGACGAGCUAUGUUCCAACAUAGAACACAGUGCACUUACUAACUAAAAAUUCUUCUUUACUAUUUUAAAAUAACCGUCCAUUUUGUGCUUUUAUAAAUAUAAUAUAUAGAAGUAUGUAACAUAAAUAUCCAACUUGUAAGUUAUAAAAGUGCAGAAUGUGUUAUGUAUACAGCGUAUUUAAAGAAAUAUAACAAAUGCAUAAUUGAUUGUAUAUUAAUAUUUUAUAUCAAAGUUUUAUAUUACUAUUACACUAUAAACUACAAUGUUGCGCUGUCAAAGAUGAACAUAUAAUUAAGUAUAUAUAACUACGCCUAAUUUAUUUAUAAGAUUAUAAAUUAUACAUAUAAAGUUUUUAUUAUGUAAGAUUUCUUGAUAUCUAGUGCAAUCAUUUUGGAUUAUGACAUCAGAAGCAAAGAAAAUUGCCAAAGUUUAUUUUAUCUAAUGUGACAACAAAUACAUAUUUCUAAAGCACGUGUAUGUAGAAUCAAUAAAACUCGCUUGUAAGAUAUAUUAUACAGUUCUGAUUCAACACGAAAUUAUGCGACAGGCUGCAAACAUUUUAUUAGAUAUUGAUUUAUUAAAGAGUGACCGCAAAAAACUCCUGUUUUUCGCCCCUUUCGUCGAUCUCAUAGAUCUUGUUCAAUUGUGGUCUAAAUGUUAGCUUAUGAUAAUACAAUAACGUAUGUAAAAUUUCAAGAUGAACAUAGGAACGGUUUCGGAUUUAUAGAAAGUCAAAGUUGCGAAUAAUUGAAGCUGUAAUUCUACACAACGUGGAUUUAAAUUUUGUUAUAUUAUUGCAAUAUGCUACAAUAAUAUGUAAGCUUCUUCACCGACGUCAAGGCUAGUGAUGAAAGAUCGA